AAGCUGCAUCGUGCAGUCCGGCAGCCUGCCCCUGGCCCGCCGCGCGGGGGGCGCGUGGCGAUCGGGCCACUUCGGCGACUUCGGCUGCCUGCACUUGUUUGCGGCAUUUGUUUGCUUCCCGAGGCAAGCAGGCCGCCUGCACUUGUUUGCGGCGUCAGGGAGUCACACGUUUGUCGCCUAGAGUGAUAUUGCACUGCCUUUCAUUUGACACGUUUGAUCGCCUUGAGUGGUCUUCAAUUGAUUUGUUUUGCUGGGUGCUUCCGAGGCAGUCUCUGCAAUCUUUCGCUAUGCCACACGUACGGAGUGCAAGUGCUCGCAUUAUGCGUCGGGCGCUGGCUGUUCAAAACGGAUACUGUGUGCAUUCACCUGUUCGUUUGCCUCUGGAAGGUUUGGUGCCACCUACGUGUCUCCCACCACCAGGGCUGGAACGGACGACUGCCGAUUUGGUUCUAGAUUAUCUCUUGUUGCGCGAUCCACCUGUUGUUAGAUACAGUUUGGAGGAGGAGGAGGCUGCCAUUACGACCGUUUCGGGAAUCUUUCUUGCCGUAUGCUUCAAGCCAAAUAUCCAUGUGCCCCUUCGGCAAAUGCUGGAGUGCUGGCUGCUGAUUCCGUGUUUGAUGUUGGAUUGCAGACUCGGUAUAAUCAUUUGGAGGUGGAGCAAGCUGCCGUUGCGACACUCUCGGACAAUUUUUCUUGCAGUUUGAUGCGGGAGGAGGUUGGUCAGGGAUUCGGAGGCGAUCAGUUCUCUCAGAUGAUGGUGGUUUGCCCACGGGUCUCUUCGGUAGAUAUUGGAGUGCAGGCUUCUUCUAGUAUGGAUGUUGCGGACUCUCAUUGUGAAGUCGGCUGUCAGACAGAGAGUGUCGUUGGGAUGGAGGGAGGAGCUUCCGGAGUUCUUCUUGGGAAAGUGACCGUGGCGGCGGAGGAGGAGCUGGAGGCGCCCUCGAGUGCGGAGUCUUCUCCGAACGUGCAGUCUGAUUCCGAUGGCCGCGCCUUGUCAGGUGCGUCCCAGGGGUGUCUGAAUCGUCCCGUCACGCUCAAUGAGGUAUCGAAUCCUGUACGAGGUCACCGCAAAAGCAGAGGCAAAGGCCAACGAUAUCAUAGCAGCGCCAAGCCGGCCAAGAGCUCUAAAGGCGCCAACAUACGAGGAACUGUUCUUGGGAAAGUGACUGAGGAGGCGGAGGAGGAGUCGGAGGCAGUAUCCGAUGUCACGCUCGUCGUGGCAUCGAACCCUGGCUGCAAGAACGAGGAGGAGGAGAAUGUUCAUAUUGAAGCUGUUGCUCAGAUGGAGCAGGAGGAGGUGGCUCAGGAGGAUUUUCGCCUGUACCUGGAGAAGGCGCUAAAUCUUCGUAUCAGAAAAUACAGAUUUGUACGGACGACUGCUACGGACGACGUCGUGUCAACGGUGCACGUGCCAGAUUUCCUUUCUGAAUUUCGAGCCUGCGAUGAGGACGAACGGGACUGUUGGAUUUGGGAUGCGUUCCAAACCUUCAGGGAUCACGAUUCAAUCGAAGCCGUCUUACAUGACCUUCAGCAGGUUAUGGACAGUGCUGCCCAGCCGUCUGCUCUUGUGAAAGAGGCGAAACACCUCUAUGACAACUUUAUGGAAUUAUGUGAAUUGCAGAGCAGCGGAGAGCUUGAUGAAAUUAUUUGAAUUGACUACGCAUGCUUCUGUUGUGUUUGUCCCUUCCUCUCCCCCGCUGUUUCUGCCCCUGGGCUCGCUUUGGCUCCUUGGGCUUCCCUGCUCCCCGCUUGCUCUCCCUUUGGCUCCCCGCUGGCUGGACUCAUGAGAUGCUGCCCAGCCGUCUGCUCUUGUGAAAGAGGCGAAACACCUUUAUGACAACUUUAUGGAAUUAUGUGAAUUGCAGACCAGCGGAGAGCUUGAUGGAAUUAUUUGAAUUGACUACGCAUGCUUCUGUUGUGUUUGUCCCUUCCUCUCCCCCGCUGUUUCUGCCCCUGGGCUCGCUUUGGCUCCUUGGGCUUCCCUGCUCCCCGCUUGCUCUCCCUUUGGCUCCCCGCUGGCUGGACUCAUGAGAGCU